GUUAUAGACGCACAACCAUCGUAUAAGUUACAUAUAACAAAACAAAAGUAAUGAUGAUUUCAUUCUCGGCAUUCAUAUUCGUAAAUGACAUGGACUCUGGGCUCAAAUUCGGGACGAUGAAACAUCAUGCCAAAUUAGAAAUCAAGAACGUCGUCGGCACUUACCUUGUGUUUUUAAAAAAGUUCGUGGAUAAGUCGAAAUCAAUGUACUUACUUAGGGACUUGGAUAGCGUAAAGUUUAACAAAGAAGAAAUCGUGCUGAAAUUUGUGAAACCGUACCAUGAUGUGCUUGUCAUUCCCGACGAUGAUGACCAGAUGAAGAGUUUCUUAAAGGAUUUGAGGUCUGUCUCCGAAAAGCUGAAAAUUAAAAUCGGCAAAUCCUUUUUUGUUGAAGGUCCCGGAUCCAUGAAGCAUAUUUAUGAUUACAACAGAAUGCAAAAAUUUGACGUAACUCACCUGAGAGUGGUUGCCUUGGAAGACUGCAAUAUACCUUAUCUGCCAGAAGGGCUUGGAAACUUAGCGCUCUCGAAUCUUAGCCUGAAAUUCAGUAGAAUUAAUAUGUCGCAAAAUAGUCAAGAUUUAUUCUGGGAUUGGAUGACCAAACACAAUAUAAGUACAUCGUUGACUGUAUUGGAUAUGCAUGAUAUUGGCUUAAAGAAAUUGCCGUUUGAAAUCAUACAUUUGAAACGUUUACAAUCUUUGGAUGUAUCCUAUAAUGAAUUGACUCUUGCACCUCAUUUCAUCGGCGAACUUCCAAAACUCACACAUCUAAAGAUUCAUUAUAACUUGUUAUCGUACCUCCCAUAUAAUUUAGUAGAUAAAGUCUCCAAGACAUCUAUGAAAACUUCUGAUAUUCAUUUUCCUCGAUUACCAGUUUAUACGUUUUAUGAUUUACUAAGUGAUAAUGUUGAACUUGCUCGAAUACGAGAUGUGCCAAAAUUAUGGGAUUUAUCAGUUUUGUCCCUAAUUAAAAAUGAUGUAAAAUUCAAGAGGCGAGAAAUACCUCGUUCAAUGUGGAACUCUUAUGAUUUUGUUUGCCGUUGUAAAACUUGUAAAAAGCUAUUUGUAUUCGAUGAAAAGUAUCAAAAAUUCCAUUAUUCAUAUCCAACAAUAUGUCAACGGGAUGAGCGAAAAAUAAAUUGGCAAUAUUUUAAGUGUUCUAAUUGUAUGUAUAUGUAG